AUGAUUCUUCCAAAGCACGCAACGCUCACCAAACUUCUCAUUUUUGAAGCUCAUCAUCGAACACUUCAUGGAGGUACACAACUCACUUUGUCUCAUAUAAGGAAGCGGUUUUGGAUCAUCGGAGGACGGCAAUCAGUCAAAUCUCAAGUGCUCAAAUGUGUAAUUUGCGCACGUCAACGAGGAAUACGUGCUCAACAGCUUAUAGGACAAUUACCAUUGUCAAGAAUCACUCCUUCAAGAGCUUUUCUCACAACUGGAGUUGUCUAUGCCGGACUUUUCUCAAUCAAGGCAUGGAAAGGACGAGGAGCUACUUCCGAAAAGGGCUGGAUCUGUAUCUUUGUAUGCUUCUCAACAUCAGCCAUUCAUUUGGAAGCUGUAACGGAUUACUCAACUGACAAAUUCAUCGCAGCAUAUAAACGGUUCACAGGACGGCGGGGAAUCUGCAAAACUCUCUAUAGUGAUUGUGGCAAAAAUUUCAAAGGAGCAGAUAACCAACUCAAACAACUCUUUCAAGCUGGGUCAGAAUCAUUUGACAAAUUAUCUUAUCUUUUCACUAAAGACGGCACCACUUGGAUUUUCAACCCUCCGGCAGCAUCUCAUAUGGGUGGAAAGUGGGAAGCAGGCGUCAAAUCAGUGAAAUAUCACCUUAAGCGGACAAUCGGCGAGUUGACUUUGAGUUUUGAAGAAUUUACGACUCUUCUCAUUCAAAUCGAGGCGAUACUCAACUCUCGCCCUAUGGAACCACUCUCAGAUGACCCUGAAGAUUUCUCAGUUCUCACACCAGGUCACUUUUUAAUCGGGGAAUCACUCACUACAAUUCCAGAACCAUCUCUUCUCGACGAAAAACUCUCACCAUUGCAACGGCACAAAUUCAUUCAACAAAAGUGGCAUCAUCCAUUAAAUGAAAUCAAGAUUGGCUCAAUGGUUCUUCUCACGGACGAGAGAUUUCCACCCGCUAAAUGGCCUGUCGCUCGUGUUCUCAAACUUCACCCAGGCAAGGAUGGACUCACCAGAGUUGUCACUAUUAAGACAGCUACAUCAAGGUAUCAACGGCCAAUUCACAAAUUGGCAAUUCUUCCCAUCUUUGUGGACGAAACCACAUCGGACGAGGACUCAACUUAA